ACAUGUCACAAACAAAUACAGGAAGUAACUGGCAGCUGCUAGCAAGCUAAACAACAGCCAUGACGAUAUAUGAAAGCUAGCGAGUAAAAGGAAUGUCUCCGUCAACUAUUUUUUAAUCUCCAAAACCGUGCGGAAAAUCGAGUUUUAUCAAAAUGGAAGAAGUAGUCAGAGUUGUUCUUUUGUUGGCCAUUUUCUCAACAUCGCAGGUAAAUUGCCAAGAAGCUAUCUUGCGCAUCUCAAAAGGAAGUGAAUAUAAGGAGUUCUGUAUUGUUCACAAUCACUCCUGGACUCCUCUUUCUCCUACACUUGAUGCUGCAGUACAGUACCCAUUGGUGAAUUUGACGUCAUCUUUGCUGUGCAACGCCUCAGGGGUCAGUCCAGAUGUAGUUAAGGGCAAGGCGGUGGUGGUGAUGAGGGGGGACUGCACUUUCAGCGAGAAAGCUCUUGUUGCCCAGAACCUUGGAGCUACAACUUUGCUCAUUGCCAGCAACAAAUCACUGAUCACACCUUCAGCCAAUGACUCAGAGUAUCCGAAGGUCCAAAUUCCUCUGGCUCUCAUGAGGUAUAGAGACUUUGUGGAGGCACAGCAGGUGUUUGGUGAAGGGAUGCAAGUGAAGCUGUAUGCGCCGCCUUAUGCAAAGAUUGAUCCAAGCAUUGCAGUCAUCCUACUGAUUUCUGUUUUAACAGUCAGCUUAGGGGGCUUCUGGAGUGGUGCAAGUGAGAGGGACCGGUUGAAUAGUGUUGCAUUAGGGGGAGGAGGGGGUGACAACAAAGGAGAUAGUGGAGAGCUUUCCCUGUACUCCCCUCUCAAAGUGGUCAUCUUUGUUGCCAUGAUGUGUGGGAUGCUGGUCCUAAUGUACUUCUUCUACAACAUUCUUGUUUACAUCAUUAUUGCCAUAUUCUGCUUUGCAUCCGCCUCUGCGCUGUUCAGCUGUAUAGAUGCAGUGAUGGAAAAAUGUGGUUGCAGCACUUUAAGUGUCUCUGUCCAAGGUAAGAACGUCUCAGUGAGGUCUCUUCUGCUGGCUGCUGUGUGCAUUAGCAUCGCCGUGGUCUGGGGAGUGUACAGAAAUGAAGAUAGAUGGAUCUGGAUCUUACAGGACCUGCUCGGCAUUGCUUUCUGCCUGAACUUCAUGAAGACCAUUUCACUGUCCAAUUUCAAGAUCUGUGUGAUUCUGCUGAGCCUCCUGCUCCUCUACGAUGUCUUUUUUGUUUUCAUCACUCCUUUCUUCACCAAGAAUGGAGUUAGCAUUAUGGUGCAGGUGGCCCUCGGCCCAGAUGCAUCCGGAGAAAAGACACAAGGUAACAUGGUGGAGAUCCCAGCUGAACCCCAGGCUCCCUCAGAGAAACUGCCAGUGGUGAUGCGUGUUCCUCGGUUCUCAGCUUGGGCUCAGAAUCUCUGUGGGAUGCAGUUCUCCAUUCUGGGCUAUGGGGAUAUCAUUGUUCCAGGUCUCCUGGUGGCCUACUGCAGCAGGUUUGACGUUUGGAUCAACAGCAGUAAGAAGAUCUACUUUGUCAGCUGCUGCAUAGCCUACCUGCUGGGAAUGAUACUGACAUUUGCUGUCAUGCUGCUGUCGGGGAUGGGCCAACCAGCUCUCCUCUACUUGGUGCCUUUUACCCUGAUAACCUCUGCCGUGGUGGCAGGGUGCAGGGGGGAGAUGAAGCAGUUCUGGGCAGGAACCACCUACGAGGUUUUGGAUUCAACCAGGGAACCUUUGCUGUCAGAAGGAAGAACUGGCCGCUCCGUAGAAGCUGAACGUUGCUGACUUACAGCUGAACAUGGAGCCCACUGUUGGAUGCUUUUUAAAAAAAGAAAAAAAGAAAAAAAAGCAUUUUAAUUUUACAUUUGCAAAGCAAGGGAACACAUAUAACUGGUCAAUACACUCUGACAAUGUGGAAAUCGCUUAAACUGACAUGAAUGAGGAAUUAGAAAGUGCUGUGUAAGUAAAAUAAAACAAAUAUAGUGCCUGAAGGGUCUGUACGUCUGUACUUUACAAAAACUGUAAGAGCUUUGCCUUGGUGAAGAUUGUGGACAACUAAAUGACAACGCACUUUAUAAUAUUUAGCUUGAGACUUAUUUCAUUGUGGGCAAGAUGGGGGCUGGGGUUAAAUUCUUUAUUGAUACAUUAUGACACAUUUUGAUAACUGGGAUUUCUGUGUAACCUGUUUGUAAGUUGUGACUUCUUUCAUUGCCUUAUAUUAAACAAAGAACUUCA